AUGUACGACGGAGCAGAGUAUGAGGAUACAUACGGGAUGGGCAGGAUGGAUUGGACGUUGGAUAAAUCUCUCGAGCACGAUCCAUUCGACCAGUGGGACGCGAACCCACGUUCUCGCCCGCCAGAUGCGCUCGAAUGCGGAAUAUGCUCGAAUUUCACGUGUUGUGGUCUGACCAUACCAGACAUGCACGACCUCCUCGCCCACUUCGAAGACUCACACGUCCUCGUCCUCAAAACAAGCCUCCGUAACCGAUGCCUAUCCGUCCUCCGUCCCGCUUCGCAGACGUCUCCUUCACCCUACUCCUACCAGAACGAUGAAUACGAUCCCGAACCUUUCGUCCUCUCUUACCCCCAACCCCCCUUCCUCCCCAGUCCCAGUCCCACACCCUCGUUCUCCUCGGCGACACAGACCUUUUCCAGCCCCGGCGUCUGCAUUCCCUCCGGUUCUCGUGCAUCGACGCCUGAGCUAAGCGCCGCCGGUUCCGACUUUGAUCCAGUAUCCUCUUCGCCGUCGUCUGCGUUUUCUCCUCUAUCCCCGUUUAUCCCGUAUCCGUCUGCUUUCUCUGCGGCGAUGUCGGAUGAUCCCGCGUACUCACUCUUACACGCGACUUCACUUUCUCGACGAGGCGAUUGCUUGGCUAUAGACAUGGAAACCGAAGGCACGACGUCCAUAUAUGCGCACCCGGGAGAAGUGGGCGCUCAAGCACAGACGCAGACAGAAAGGACGACGCUCGAAUCGAACAUAAACUUACCAACCAGCCAUCCGAUACUCAGCCUCCCACCCGCUUCGUUCUCCCUCCCUGCCUCCACCUCCGCUACCAGACUUACGCCCGCUGCGAAGGCUAAGAAGACUAAGACGAGUAGUCAUGCCCGCGAUCGCGGCUUCGGGAGGAGAGAAUGCGCGGAGGGGGAGUCGAAAAACGGGAGACGAGAGCUUGGUGGUGCUGGUGCGGGUGGUAGUGGAGGGCUGGGGCUAGGGCUGGGAACAGAAACGCAGAGAGGUCCUCGAGGGAAGUUCGUCUCUGACACUAUGAACACGAUGGAUAAGCUCGGAGCGGGUUCGAGUUCGGAUUCGGGUUCGGGUUCGGGUGGCGCUGUGGGAGAUGAAAUUGGACGGGGAAGUGACGAACGCACGAUCCACCCAACUACUUCGAGUUAA